CACAGCUGACAUGCAGCUUGUUCCUCUUUACCUCAGCUCAGACGCGCAUAGCUCAAACUUCCUCGUUUGAGUCCAGUGUGCCUUCGCUCUGCCGCCCUGUUCACAUCUGCAGCCUGACCCAGCAAGGUUAGGGAGGAAUGGACGCUCCAAACGAGGAUUGAGGAAUGUUCUUAUUGCCAUCACCUGAGCCCAGAACAUCAUCUACAAGUACAGAGACAGCCUGUGACUCCAAGUGACUGAUUAAAACGAGACGGCAUCAUGGGCUGUGUGGGCUCGAAGGAGAAGUCCACCAGCAAAGACACGGAUAACAGCAACCAGCAGAACAGAGCUCAGGUACACUAUGUCAAAGACCCCACCUCUGGAAGCAAAGCUGCUGCUAAGCUGCCUUCUAAUGCAACCUCUUCAGAUGGUGAGAGUGCCGCAAUUGCACUGUACGACUAUGAGGCUAUUCAUGAAGGAGACCUUGGUUUCAAGAAGGGAGAUAAACUCAGAAUUUUAGAGGAAUCAGGCGAGUGGUGGAGAGCCAAGUCCAUCAGCACAGGCCAGGAAGGUUUCAUUCCCAGCAAUUAUGUAGCCAAAGAUACUCUAGAAACAGAGGAUUGGUUCUUUAAGGGUGUGAGCAGAAAGGAUGCUGAGAGGCAACUGUUGGCUCCAGGGAAUCGAGUCGGAUCCUUCAUGAUCCGGGACAGUGAGACCACCAGGGGUAGCUAUUCUCUGUCCGUUAGAGAUCUCGAUCCCCAGGCUGGUGACACAGUUAAACAUUAUAAAAUUCGAACACUGGACAAUGGAGGAUUUUACAUAUCUCCACGCAUCACCUUCAGCAGCCUGCAAGAGAUGGUCAGCCAUUAUAAGAAGCAGGGAGAUGGCCUCUGUCAAACUCUGACAAAUGCAUGUAUAAGCCCCAAACCUGAAAAGCCAUGGGAAAAGGAUGCUUGGGAAAUCCCAAGAUCUUCACUUAAGCUGGAUAAAAGACUUGGUGCAGGACAGUUUGGAGAAGUUUGGAUGGCUACAUACAAUAAGCACACCAAGGUAGCGGUGAAGACCAUGAAGCCAGGCACUAUGUCAGUGGAAGCUUUUUUGAUGGAGGCCAACCUGAUGAAGAGUCUACAGCACGACAAACUGGUUCGACUCAACGCUGUGGUCACCAAAGAAGAGCCCAUCUAUAUCAUUACUGAGUAUAUGGAAAAAGGUAGUUUGUUAGACUUCCUCAAAAGUGAUGAGGGCAACCGUGUCCAGCUUCCAAAACUCAUCGACUUCUCCGCCCAGAUUGCAGAAGGUAUGGCGUACAUUGAACAGAAGAACUACAUUCACAGAGACUUGAGAGCUGCCAACAUCCUGGUCAAUAAGUCCUUAGUGUGCAAAAUUGCUGACUUUGGCCUUGCUCGUAUCAUUGAGGACAAUGAGUACACAGCAAGAGAAGGAGCCAAGUUCCCAAUCAAAUGGACAGCCCCUGAAGCCAUUAACUAUGGCUCCUUCACAAUAAAAUCAGAUGUCUGGUCCUUUGGAAUUUUGUUGACUGAGAUUAUCAGUUAUGGACGAACACCCUACCCAGGAAUGACCAAUCCAGAGGUGAUCCGUUCUCUGGAGAAAGGCUACCGAAUGCAGCGCCUCGACAGCUGUCCCACUGAACUCUAUGAGAUCAUGCUGGAGUGCUGGAAGAACAAGCCCGAGGACCGUCCCACCUUUGAUUACCUGCAGAGUGUCUUGGAGGAUUUCUACACAGCUACAGAGAGCCAGUACCAGCAGCAACCAUGAUACAUAAUUUAUUAAAAUGUGCUGAAGGUUUAGUUUAGUUUGUGCAUGCCGCGAUGCAGCUCAGGUCACAAAUACAUAUGCUGUUAGUUUAGCUGCCUGGCCUUAUUUACGCACACAUACACAGCACAGUAAUGGUAAGGACUGUACAGAAAUUAUAAGUGGAUAGAUUACUUUCACUUUGGGAAGAUAGGCCUUUACACUUUUACUAUUUAAUAAUAAUUUACCUUUUUCAAAAAAAUAAAAAAAGGGGGGGAGGAGCUACGGGGUCUGAAAAGUUUAGGUAACACAGCAUUUUCUAAAGGUUUCCACUUGUGUCCACUGAGUAAAAAGCUCAGCAACUCUGUCCGUGAGAAAAUGUCAAUGCUAUUUUUAUACUUAAAGACAAUUACAAUGCCUGCAUUCAUCUGAAUUGUGUGGCAAUAAUUCUGCAGUACUAAAACUCCAACUCAAAAGGUGGCACCAAAGACAUUACAGAUCACAAGUAAAACCAUUAUCAGAGACAGCAAAGCAACUCAGACACUCAUAUUUUAGGAGGUACAGUGCAAAGAGAUUACUUUUUGCUCACAAUACAUUCUAUUUAAUGUUAAAUGUAUUAUUUAUUGAAUACACAGUUCAUUACUCAAGACACAAACUGUAUCAAGCUCUGUUGACAGAAUAGUGCCUUAUCGCCACCUUCUGGUCUGGAGUUUAACACCAAGAGUUAAACCCACAGUGAUCUUAAAGUGCUAUAAAUAGAUAUGUAAGGUCUCAAAAGUAGCACAAAUAGAAGCAGACAAUUAAGUAGAUAUUAAGUUAAUGUUUAUCCUCUCAAAACCCACCAAAACUCCUUUAGAUGCAAACCAAUCACUAUGUAUAAAAUGUUUAACAGUGGAUGAGCUGUGUUUUCAGAAAUGGAUGUCAGUUUGGUCUCUAACAUAAAGAGUAACGCUUCAUCUUAGUAGAUAUAUUCAGUACAGACUUUACUCUACAUUUGCAGCCAGACAAAUUUAGCACAAAAGACACAUGACUAGACAUUUUCUUCAUGCAACUAUUUUGACGUAAUUGUUGCUAACAGUAAUUUGUAAUGUAUUUCUAAAACUUGUAAGGUUGUGAGCUGGUUAAUAUGAACUGGAGGGGGGCAUUUUUUUCAUAUUUCUGUGGUAAUUUUAUUACACUCCCUAAAAUGUUAAAAAAAACCAACUUCAUGUGUAGUGGACUUUAGCACAAGGAAAUAUUUUCAAUGCUCAACUAUGAGAAUGCCAUACUAUCUCAGGAGUAAAGGAAAUGAAAGCAGGAAUUUACAAAGUGGAAAAACAUAGGACUGGUCAUGGUAACGAUUCUCUCUCUGUGCAUGUUUUCUGAUUAUUUGUUGCGUUUUCUUUAAUAUUCCUCAUUCACAGUGCCUUCACAGUGGUUCUUUAAUCCAGAUUCAUUUAACAGAUUAACAUAUAUUCCAUAUGAUUUGUAUAUACAGAAAAGGUAGCACUCAGAGUCUUAGAUGUUUUCUGCUUGUUAAUUCUUACAUAUUUGAUCUUUAUGACAUAAGUUAUUAAAAAAGCAGUGUGUACUAAUUUCAACAAUGUUUUGCCUUAGACAGAAUAUUUGCUUUUAAAGUAGAAACUUUUUAUAGGUUUAUGUAUUUUGUUUUUUUUUUUUGUUGCAAAAAUCAAGGACUGAUACUUACUAAUGCAUGUGUGAUAUUGCUGUUGAGUGUAACUUGCACAUAAACAUUCAGGACCAAAAUCCUGAACAAGUGAGCUUUCAAGAUUUUAAAAUUUAAUGCUGUGAUAAAUAUGGUAUCUGUUUUGAAAGACUUCUAAGCAACAAUGUAUUGGAAAUGUCUUUUUAAUGAAGAGCCAUGUAAGAAUAACCCACAUCAUCGCUCAGAAUUGUAUAAAAAUGAUUGAAUUAAGACCUUUUUCCUCUUUUCGCAAUACAGAUCCCUCUGGUUUGUUAAUGCUUUCUUAAGUGCAACUGUUACAAAAAUGGUUAAAUAAAUUUUUUCAGAAAUUA